UAUAAAGGAGGCCGCCGGAGGGGUGCCGCGCUCCUGGUCCCGCUCGGUGCGCUGUUUGUUAGGUUUCCUCGUCGCGUCCGCAGUCGCCGCUACUUGCGCCCCUGCUUUGGUCAGUGGUGCAGCCGGACCAGCACCAUGUCACUGUCUCGCUCGGAGGAGAUGCACCGGCUCACGGAAAAUGUCUACAAGACCAUCAUGGAACAGUUCAACCCCAGCCUGCGGAACUUCAUCGCCAUGGGCAAGAACUACGAGAAGGCAUUGGCAGGUGUGACGUAUGCUGCCAAAGGCUAUUUUGACGCUCUGGUGAAGAUGGGCGAGCUGGCCAGCGAGAGCCAGGGCUCCAAAGAACUCGGGGAUGUUCUCUUCCAGAUGGCUGAAGUCCACAGGCAGAUUCAGAAUCAGCUGGAAGAAAUGCUGAAGUCUUUUCACAACGAGCUGCUCACACAGCUGGAGCAGAAGGUGGAGCUGGACUCCAGGUACCUGAGUGCUGCGCUGAAGAAAUACCAGACGGAGCAGAGGAGCAAAGGUGAUGCACUGGACAAGUGCCAAGCUGAGCUGAAGAAACUCCGCAAAAAGAGCCAAGGGAGCAAAAACCCCCAGAAAUACUCGGACAAGGAGCUGCAGUACAUCGACGCCAUCGGCAACAAGCAGGGUGAGCUGGAGAGCUACGUGUCCGACGGUUACAAGACCGCCCUCACCGAGGAGAGGAGGAGGUUCUGCUUCCUGGUGGAGAAGCAGUGCGCCGUGGCCAAGAACUCUGCCGCCUACCACUCCAAGGGCAAGGAGCUGCUGGCACAGAAGCUGCCGCUAUGGCAGCAGGCCUGCGCCGACCCCAACAAGAUCCCUGACCGCGCUGUGCAGCUGAUGCAGCAGAUGGGCAGCAGUAACGGCUCCAUCCUACCCAGCGGCCUGUCCGCCUCCAAGUCCAACCUGGUCAUCUCAGACCCCAUUCCGGGGGCCAAGCCCCUGCCGGUGCCCCCCGAGCUGGCCCCAUUUGUGGGGCGGCUGUCUGCCCAGGAGAACGCACCCGUCAUGAACGGCGUCUCGGGCCCAGACAGCGAGGACUACAACCCGUGGGCUGACCGCAAGGCCGCCCAGCCCAAGUCCACGUCUCCCCCACAGUCUCAGAGCAAGUUGAGCGACUCCUACUCCAACACGCUUCCUGUGCGCAAGAGCGUGGCGCCCAAGAACAGCUACGCCACCACCGAGAACAAGACCCUGCCGCGCUCGAGUUCCAUGGCCGCUGGCCUGGAGCGCAACGGCCGCAUGCGGGUGAAGGCCAUUUUCUCCCACGCGGCCGGGGACAACAGCACCCUGCUAAGCUUCAAGGAGGGCGACCUCAUCACCCUGCUGGUGCCCGAGGCCCGAGAUGGCUGGCACUAUGGAGAGAGCGAGAAGACCAAGAUGCGGGGCUGGUUUCCCUUCUCCUACACCCGAGUCCUGGACAGCGAUGGAGGGGACAGGUUGCACAUGAGCCUGCAGCAGGGCAAGAGCAGCAGCACGGGUAACCUCCUGGACAAGGAGGACCUGGCCCUCCCGCCCCCCGACUACGGGACGUCCUCCCGGGCCUUCCCCACCCAGACGGCCGGCACCUUCAAGCAGAGGCCCUACAGCGUGGCCGUGCCCGCCUUCUCCCAGGGUCUGGAUGAUUAUGGGGCGCGGGCCGUGAGCAGCGGCAGCGGCACGCUGGUGUCCACAGUGUGAGGACGCUGACCGGGCAGCCGCUCGAAGAGCCCCGCCGCCCCCACCCCCGUCUGUCUGUCUCCAUCGGUUUCUUCCUCCGCUCUCGUUGGUUUCUUCCUCGGUCGUUUUUCUUUCCCACUUGCCCCCUCCCCGCCUUUCGGUUGGUGACCCCAGACUCUGUGAUCCCCCAGGGUCCAUGGUGCUGCCCCAUACCCGCUCCCCGUGUUUACACACCCGCCCCCCGUGUGUCCCGCCAGGCAGGGCCUGCUGCCAGGCGGCGCGGGCAGGGCAUCCUCGCCGCAGCCCCCCUUCCACCGCCGUACUCACGACACGCUGUCCCUAUUUGAAGGCUCACCAUGAGCCAGGUCUAAAGUUUGAAGAAAAAGAAAAAUUCAAAAAAAAAACAACAAAAAGAUGAAAAACAGGAAAAGGACUUUUUUUUUUUCCUGAACAACAAAAACAGAUAUGCAUGGACUCCGGUGUACGUACUGUUAUCUCGCAUCCGACCCCCCAGCGCACACUGGCACCUGUGUCGGGAGAGGGGGGUGCUGGGGGCUCCGAGAGGCUCUGGACCCCGGGGGCGCCCCUCCAGGCCGCACCCAGAGAGGGGCUGGGGCCAAGCUGGGGGGGGCCUCCUGAGGAAGCUGGCCGCUCCUGUGAGGGAGGCCCCGGCCCUGUCCGCCCACCCGCUGGGCCCCUGACGGCUCCCUGGUCCCGGACGCUGCUGAACAAUGUGCAGACCAGAGUGCGGUGCCAGCCUCGGGCACCAUGGCCGUGACUGCACAGGGCGCUGGCGGGGAGGGGGCCCGGCCGCACUCGGACAUUCCAAAGACCUCCAGAGACCACCCCCGCCCCCACGUGUUCUGGAAAUCAUUUCUCUGACCAGCCCGUGACGGAGUGAGGGCAGCUCCGGGCGCCCCGCUGCCCCCCCACGCCUGCCCCGUCCUCCCUAAACGCUCUCGUGUGUCUCGGUGGCUUCAGAAGCAGACACGCUGGACCCAGUGGCUCCUGGUGUUGCCCUUCACGCCUUGAAUCUGGGAAGUGAGUGAGGGCACAGCCGCUCCGCCCUUCCCACCGCAGGAGCCCCCGUGAAGCUGUGGACCUUUUUCUGAUGUGAUUUAGCCAAACCCUCCCGCCCCCUCCUGUGGACUAGGACGUGCCUGGUAGCGUGUGUGAGAGAAGCAGCUCAAGACGCAGACAGACCCUGUUUUAUAAUUUAAGGAGAAAACAAAGCCAGAACACGGACCUUUGUUUAAAAAAAAAAAAAAAAGAACCUUCUAUGUUGGUGUUCUAAUUUUGCUAAAAGAUCUCAAAUCCAGGGGAUUCCAUGCUCAAUGGAUGAAUGUAGACACAAAACCGCAAAACUUGUAUGAAGAUGUAAAGUGCUGAAAAUAUUUUUCCUGUUUCCUUUCCCUUUUUUUUUUUUAAUCUGAAUUGUGCCCUGUACUGCAGUUGUUUGAAUAAAAGUUUUAUUUAUUGCA